AGAAAAUAAAAAAAGAACAAAAAAAAAAAAAGCACAGAAAGCAAGGUAUACAACAAACCCCUCGCCCCACUCUCACCGCCCCGCGAUCUCCUUCGACUCUUCCCGACUCCCUCUCUCUUCGUCGCUAACCAUGGUUCUCGAGGCCACCAUGAUCUGCAUCGACAACUCGGAGUGGAUGCGGAACGGGGACUACUCCCCCUCCCGGUUCCAGGCCCAAGCUGAGGCCGUUAACCUCAUCUGCGGAGCCAAAACGCAGUCGAAUCCGGAGAACACGGUUGGGGUGCUGACGAUGGCGGGGAAGGGGGUUAGGGUUUUGGUCACGCCUACCAGCGAUCUUGGGAAGAUCCUCGCUUGCAUGCAUGGACUGGAAGUUGGCGGCGAGGCAAACUUGCCUGCUGGAAUUCAGAUAGCUCAGUUGGCUCUUAAACACCGCCAAAAUAAGAAGCAACAACAAAGAAUAAUAGUUUUUGUUGGAAGUCCAGUUAAGUACGACAAGAAAACAUUGGAGGCAAUUGGUAGAAAGUUGAAGAAGAACAGCGUCUCUCUUGACAUUGUCGAUUUUGGAGAAUCGGAUGAGGGGAAACCUGAGAAACUGGAUGCCCUUGUUUCUGCUGUAAACAGCAGUGAUAGCAGCCACAUAGUUCAUGCUCCUCCUGGUCCUAAUGCUCUCUCUGAUGUUCUUAUAAGCACACCAAUUUUCACAGGAGAUGGAGAUGGGGGAAGUGGUUUUGCUGCUGCAGCUGCUGCAGCCGCAGCAGGUGGGUUUGAGUUUGGUGUAGACCCCAAUGUGGAUCCAGAGUUGGCCCUUGCACUUAGGGUUUCGAUGGAAGAGGAGAGAGCGAGACAAGAAGCUGCCGCAAAAAAAGCUGCUGAAGAAGCCACUAAACAAGAAGCAUCGAGUUCUCGUGAUGCUACUAUGACUGAAGUAGAAAGAAGUUCUGCUCUUCCUGCUGAUGAUAAGAGACACCAGCUAACGGAUGAUGAGGCUGCAUUGCUAGAGCAGGCUCUUGCAAUGUCAAUGGAUGAUGUUAAGUCUGGGAGUGGAGCUAUAUCAGACACUGCUAUGUCAGAUCCUUCUGUAGAUGACCAAGACUUGGCGUUAGCUCUUCAAAUGUCUGUUCAGGACAGUGCAAAAGAUUCUUCUGAGUCCGAAAUGCGGAAAGUGGUCGAGGAUCAGGCCUUUGUUUCAUCUAUCCUAACUUCGCUUCCAGGUGUUGAUCCUAAUGACCCUUCUGUAAAAGAUUUAUUAGCAUCUUUGCAAGGCCAAUCAGAGAAAAAGGAAGAAGAAAAAAAGCCGGAAAAUGAGGAUGACAAGUAAAUGAUAACUUACGAAGACUGCUCAUCUCUGCUUGUUCUGUGUUGAGGUUCAGUGCGUGCUGAAGGAGAAAGUGAAGGUUGCCUUCUAUCAAAGCUUUUAGGAACUGAUGAUGUGCUAAGCUAUUUGAUGUUUUGCCGUAAUCUGAAGUAAUGGAAAAACUAUUGGACCUUUAUUAUUUUGUCAACAUUGUUGGUUAGCCAUUGGAUGUUGGUUAGCCAGAUCCACUGGCGCUCUGUUUUUUUAUUUUUAUUUUUAUUUUAAGUGAUAUGACAGAGUUUUACUGUGCAAUCUUAUUUGUAAGUUCUGAAUAGCAUGUAAGUCUUUAAAACAUUCUGUUGUAAGAAAAGUUUCUUUCUUUA